GCCCCGUAACUGCUCCCCAAUUGGUUGUUGCGGCCCGGCCCGGUAUCCGGGUAAGAUGGCCGCAGUCGGUGAGUGCUCGCUCCCCGCUCCGUGGCGGCCGGUGUCCCUCACUCACGUCGAAUAUCCCGCAGGUGAUUUCUCUGGUCAGCUUUUAGCUUAUUUGAGUCUUGGUCCAAUAUUCAUUAUUGUUGGCUUUGUAACGCUCAUCAUAUUCAAGAGAGAGCUUCACACGAUCUCUUUCUUGGGAGGGCUGGCUUUCAACGAGGGAGUGAACUGGUUAAUAAAAAAUGUUAUCCGGGAGCCACGGCCCUGUGAAGAAGCCCAUUCAACAGUGACCACAAAAUAUGGGAUGCCGUCCAGCCACUCCCAGUUCAUGUGGUUUUUCUCUGUCUAUUCAUUUCUGUUCCUUUAUUUAAGAAUGCACCAAACAAACAAUGCGAGGUUUCUGGAUUUACUAUGGCGACAUGUGCUGUCCAUCUGCCUCGUCACAGUGGCUUUGCUAGUCUCAUAUAGUAGGGUUUAUUUGCUUUACCACACCUGGAGCCAAGUCUUAUAUGGAGGUGUGGCAGGAAGUGUUAUGGCCAUAGCCUGGUUUGCCUUCACACAAGAGAUACUAACUCCUCUCUUCCCAAGGAUAGCUGCAUGGCCCAUUUCAGAGUUCUUUUUAAUCCGAGACACCAGCCUCAUUCCUAACAUCCUGUGGUUUGAAUAUACAGUCACAAGAGCAGAAGCAAGAAACAGACAGCGCAAGCUGGGUACGAAGCUCCAGUGACUCAGGAGGUGUGGGGACCAGAGCGUGUGUUUUAACAGAGACAGACAAGAGCAGAGACCUGGGAGCAGCAAGGAGCCUUUAAACGGACGGACCAAAGGAACAGGCAGGGACCAUACCCAAAACCUGAAAGCCUUUGCUCUGCUUUAGCAGCUAGCUGGAUGCUCCCCGAUGCAUGUGGGACCGUGCAGGAGUAGAAACUCAUUUUCAACACAGAUGCACAUUUGCCGGUUGGAAUGUACCAUCAUGUCUACGUCAGGGGAAGGGGGAGAAAAUGCCUGGUGUCAUGUUUGGGGGAGGGAAAACCAAAAAUGAAUAAUUUCUGUGACUUUUUUUCUUAUUUUUUUUCUUAUUUUUUUUCUUUAGCAUGAAAUAUACACACUAUUUAUUUAUUUUUUUUUAACUGGAGCUAUUGUUUUUGGGGUGGGUGAGGCCUUGUGUGUUUUGUAUUGCUUUUUAUUUUUGUUUGGGGUUUUUCAUUUUGGAAGAAGAUGACAAAACUCAUCUCCAGUCGAUGGUGGUUAAUUGGGGCUUUUAGUUUUUAAACAUUUCUCAGGAGGGAGGGGAGCAGAGAUGGCACAACUGAAAAGGGAGAGGAGGGUUUCUUCCCUUUCUACAACCAGCCUGGGUGAUCAAGACCAAUUCCAGCUGCACUUUGUACAGAUAGAAAGUACUGCAGAUUUGAGGGUUUUUAAACAUUAGUGAUGAUUCUGUGGGGAAGCCUGCACGGAUUCCGUUAAGGGGAGUGAGUGAGUGUGAGUGUGUGUGUGUAAAACAAAGGAAAACUGAAAUACACUGAUAUUAUUAUUAUUAUUAUUUCUACUGCUGCUCCUGGUGUGUAAUUAGCAGGGGUGUCUCAGAAUCUCUUCUAGGUGGCAAGGUUACCAUACAUAUCUCAUGUUUAUUUCAUCUCUUCCUUUAUUCUUUUAUUACCUCAGGGUUGUUGGGAUCUGUACAGCAUCUGUUGUUGUACUUGGUGUGCUACUGAUGGCACUAGAAACCCAUUGGUUAUAAGCAAUGCUAUGCUCCAGUAAGAGUCAGCCCAAAGCCUUACAAAAUUCAGUUGCUUGUCUCUGUCUUAAGCACUGGAUUUUUAUUUAUUUUUUAUUUUUUGUUAAAAGAGAAGGAUUUUAAGUGUGAACAAAAUAACAACUGUAAACAAAGAAGGUGAACAACUAACAGCUGGCUCAGCUGCUGUGUGAACUUUUGGGGAGUCCUGUUGGAAUCCAAUUGUGAACUCAAGUAGUGAACUUAUCCUGCCAGUCUUUAUGGUGGGUUGCUCGGGGUUCUGCAGGAGUAACAUUGAAUACCAAACUCCUACAAACAA